AUGACUGCCCAGGAGGCCGCAGGAAUAGAUCCGAUGCAACGAUUCAUGCUCGAAGUGACGAAAAGGAAAGGCCCCCAGCUACCCCCUGACUGCGUACUUGUUAAAAUCAUGGCCGUUGCACUGAACCCAACGGACUGGAAACACAUCGACUUCAUUGCAACCAAGGGCGCUACAGUAGGCUGUGACUACGCGGGUAUUGUCGAAGAAAUCGGCUCCGCAGUUGACCCGGCGCAUGGACUCCAGAUUGGAGAUCGCGUGGCGGGAUUCACUCAUGGCUGCAACGGAGAGAAUCUUUCCGAUGGCUCUUUUGCCGAAUAUAUCGCGGCCAAGGCACACAUCAAUAUCAAAAUGCCCGACUGGAUGUCCUUUGCAGAUGGGGCUACUCUGGCCGUUGGUAUCACCACCGUUGCCCAGGGACUGUAUCAGCAGCUGCAGUUACCUUUACCGAACCUAACGAGGAGCACCGUAUCUGUCCUAGCGAAAGAGCCCAUUCUUAUUUAUGGAGGCAGUACUGCAACGGGGACGCUUGCCAUCCAAUUUGCGAAAUUGUCAGGGUAUACAGUGAUUACAACCUGCUCUCCGCAUAAUUUCCCUCUUGUCCGUGACCGAGGAGCCGACCACAUCCUCGAUUGCCGCUCCCCUACUCUCACCGAGGACAUUCGAUCUUUGACAGACAACAAGCUCCGUCUAGUCCUCGAUUGCAUCACGACCAACCUUCCACGAUCUGAUGUCAAGGCUGGAUUCACGUUGGCGUACACAGCCCUUGGUGAAUCCUUCCAGAAGUGGGAUAAUUAUUAUCCUGGUAGUCCCGAGAACGCGCGAUUUACGGGAGAUUUUAUGAAGCUAACGUCGGCUUUGCUGGAUGCACAGAUGAUUCAGAGUCAUCCGGCAGAGGUUCAAUAUGGUGAUUUGAUGGAUGUCUUGCAGGGCCUGGAUUGUCUGCGCAAAGGGGGUGUGAGCGGGGUGAAAUUGGUUUAUACUUUGUAG